AUGUUCCACAGCGCCAAGUUCUUCGUCAUGUGCAUCGCUGCCGUGGCUCUUUUAAGCGGUGCCCAGGCCGAGAGAGAGGUGACCGAAACUAUAGUCGGCGGCCCGGGCGUCAGGUGGGCGUCCCCGGCGUCGCUAGCGUCGGAGUCGGUCCAGGCGUCUACGGCCCUGGCGUCGUCGGCCCGGCCGUCGGCGUUGGUGUUCCUGGAGUUGUUGGAGUUUGAGUUAAUCCUGCCGUCGGGUACAAUGGCGGAACCCGGCUGCGUGCGCGACAAGAGGUUCUCCAAGGUUUCUUUGUUCGUCACUCCAGCCUUCACCAUGAUCAACGUCACCAAGGUUUUCACGCUGGUCGUCGCAGUUGUAGCCAUCACGAGUGGUGUGCAUGCCGACAAGGAAGUCGCGCAGGACUACAGUAGCGGUGGUACGACCGGUGGCAUGGGCGGCGGACUAUCGGGCCUCUCCAAGAUGAUGCCCGGUAUGGGUGGCACCGGCGGAACCAGCGGCGGUCUCCCCAGCAUGGGCAGUAUGCCCGACUUCAGCAAGAUGAUGUCCGGAAUGGGCGGCACUGGCGGCAUGCCGAGCUUCUCUAAGAUGAUGCCUGGAAUGGGCGGCACGGGCGGUGGAAUGGGCGGCAUGCCCGACUUCAGCAAGAUGAUGUCCGGAAUGGGCGGCGCCGGUGGCGGCUUUCCGGGCAUGAGUGGAGGUUUCUCCAGUCUCAGCAAGAUGAUCCCGGGUGCGGGAGGCAGCCCGGGUACGGUCCACGCGCCUGGAGCUACUAGCACAGGUACUGCCGGCACCGGCACUGGCACUAGCACCGGCACUGGAACCGGGGCUACAGGUGCAACCGGCGCUUCAGGUAACACGGCCACAACACCGAAGACCGGCACGCCACAGACGAGCAGUUCAAAGGCUGGCUCCGCAGCAGGAGCACCCACGGUUGGGUCCCCGACCAGCGGAACUGGGGCUACUGGCGCCGGUUCAACACCUUCUAAGACGUACCGCAGCCUUCGAUCGGAGUAA